AUGUCCAACUCGAGAUCUAUCUGGCCCGUGCUGCUGACGGCGGCGCUGUCGUCGCUGCUGUAUUUCCGUGGCCGGGAGCUCCUCAUGGUGUACACCAACGCCCCGGGCCGCCUGCCAGAGAUCAACACCUUUUCACACCACGAGAUCAAGUUUGCCGACCGGGUGAGAAGCUGCGAGGACGUGCUCGUGCUGGAGAGCCGCGGCGUGGCCCUCAUGGCCUGCGAUGCCGGCCGGGAGCGCUGGAACACGGUCAUGGGCAUCUUUCUCCCCGACCCAGCCAGUGCCAGCCUCUACGUCUACGACUACAAGGACGCCUCUGCGCCCGACGCCAGCGCGCUCAGACGCGUCGAGGUGGUCGGCUUUGCCGGCGAGGCCGACUUCCACACCCUCGGCAUGGCAUACGACGAGCAGACGUCGACCCUGUUCGCUGCCAACCACGCCAAGGCUGGUCCCAGGAUCGAGCUCUUCAGCCUCGACCUGGACCGCCUCGUGGCCUCGCACGCCGGCACCAUCCAGCACCCGCUCAUCCACGGGCCCAACUCCAUCGCCCUCGCCGGCAGCCGCGAGCUCUACGUCUCCAACGACCACUACUUCCUGGCGAGGCGGUCGAAGCUCCUGGCGCGCGCGGAAACCUUUCUCGCCCUCCCCCUCGGCACCGUCGUCCACCUCCGGCUGUCCGCCGACAAGCCCGGCGGCGUGGACGAGGCCCGCGUCGUCGCCCGCGCCGCCUUUGCCAACGGCGUCGAGGUGCUCAACGCCACCGCCGUCGCCGUCGCCUCCACCACCCGGAGCGCCGUGUACCUGUACGAGCGUCGCGGGGACGGCUCUCUCGCCUACGCGUCGUCUAUCCCGGUGCCCUUCCUGCCCGACAACUUGUCCCUCCACGGGGGCAAGCUCAUCAUCGCUGGCCACCCUCACUUCCCGUCGCUGGUCAAGUUCACCGCGAGCCGCCACGUCUGCAACGACGCCGCUGAGCUGGCGAGGGCCGACGACGCCAUGAGGGCCUACUGUGAGCAGGCCACGGCGACGUCCUGGGUGGCCGAGUGGUCCGAGGCCGAGGGACUCAAGAGUCUGUACGCCGGCACGGAGUAUCCCACGAGUGCCACGGCGGCCAGGGAUUCGAAGCGCGGCGUGGGUAUUAUUUCGGGCCUUUAUGCCAAGGGGAUCCUGGUUUGGAGGGAUUAA